UCCAUUCUUCUGUGUGGCGCCAUUUGAAAACUCAACUUUGUUCAAAUCACACUUCAUCUUUUUUUUUUCUUCUUUUCUAGUUUCUAGAAAAAAACACAAACACAAGACAAAAACAAAACCAAAAACAAAAAACUCUUCAUCAUGGAACAAACCAUGAACAACAACAACAAUGUUUCUUCACCUCAAUCUCAACAAGUAUUAACAAACCCUUUACCUCAAAUCAUGAACAUGAAUGUCGGAAGCAGUGUUAGUGUUGUUAACACUACUGGAAUAACAACAACAACAACAACAUCAAUGGUGGUUUCUACCGUAGCAGUGUCAACAGCAGCUGCAACAACAGCAACAACAACGCCGGGAAGCAGUGGUGGAGGAAGCUUUGAUUUGUUUGGGAAGAAGAAAAGAGGCAGACCAAGAAAAUAUGAUGCUGAUGGAAACCUGAAUCCUAAUUACAGGAAGGUUGAAAAAACACCAACAACAACAACACCAUUGUUGCCACCACCACCUGGAUUCACUUUGUCUUCUAAUGAGUUUUCCUCCAAAAAGAUCCGUGGGAAACCAACUGGGUUUGGAAAUUACCAAAUGCUUUCUUCUUUUGGUGAAGUGUUUGCAAGCACUGCUGCUGUGGAUUUUGCACCGCAUGUGGUUACAGUUUAUACAGGAGAGGAUGUUGGUGGGAAGAUCUUGUCAUUUGCACAGAAGAGUCCAAGAGCGAUAUGCAUUCUUUCUGCCAAUGGAGCUAUCUCUAAAGUCACAUUACGGCAACUCGGUUCUUCUGGUGGUGGUAUUUUGACUUAUGAGGGUCGAUUUGAGAUCUUAUCUUUGUCUGGAUCAUAUACGGUCUCAGACACUAGCGGCAUAAGAACUCGCGAUGGUGGACUGAGUGUAUCACUUGCUGGUCCUGACGGCCGAGUGAUUGGAGGUUCUGUUGCUGGUCUACUUACAGCUGCUGGUCCUAUCCAAAUUGUAGUGGGAAGUUUCACGCCAGAUGGUAACAAGGCACUUAAAAAGAAGUACCAACGGGAACAAACGGUGGCGUCUCCAACUUCAACCGGUCCAGAAAUGGUGACAGCAGCAAGACCUAUCUCACAAGCAAAUGCUCACGGAGAAAACUUUAUGAUACCUAUUUUGUCUCAGUUACCUGAUCAUCAAAACCAGAGAGAAUCUGUCAGCGUUUCAAGCGAUAAACUGAACUUAGAUGACACACCUGAUGCUGCUACUUGGACCGGUUCCGACGAGUAUUCAGAUCAAAGAACAUCUCCCGAUAUCAACAUUUCUUUGCCGGAUGAAUAGAAAAAAAAGGUCUUGAUACUCUUUUCCUAUGACGUGAUGGAGAAGCUGACAUGGUAACUGAAUGAAACUAACAAUGGGAGUUUGUGAUGACAACUAGGCUAUUUGACACAAUGUACAGUUGUCAGAAAUUAGAAAGUAUUGUUAUUAUUAUUAUUAUGGGCUUAUAUUUUUUUGAUCUUACCAUUUGUGUUCAAAACUUGCAAGUUUUGUUUCUUUGUUUUCUUUUAGAGUUGGGAUUUAGCUAGGUGGAUGGGAUUGUUAUCAAACACAUUUUAAGCUAUUUUGUUUGGAUUGUAUUAAUCAAAUUUAUUAUUAUUAUUAUUAUUAUUAUUAUUA